UACCUUUCUCAGUUCCCAUUCCCAAUCUUCUUCAUCACGAUCGUCCCCAACCCCAUCCUCGCGAUCCCCUUCGCACCUCCCUGGCUCUCUCCCCGAUCCCUCCCUCGGACCCUUCUAAGAACUCGUGAGGUUGUAUUCAUGGCGUGGAUCUCGUUGAUCCCCCUCGCAUUGAUCUCGCUGUGGGGGUUGUCGCUGUGGAGACUACUGUGUUCGUCUUCGUCUUCGAGAUCGGUGUUCCUCUCUAAUGGAUCGGGAAAGAGGAGAAACGUGCUACUGGUUGUGGCGCAUCCCGAUGAUGAGUCCAUGUUUUUUGCUCCAACAAUUCUCUUCUUGGUCUCAAAAGGGCAUAAUCUUCACAUUCUAUGCAUGUCAUUAGGCAAUGCUGAUGGCAUGGGAAAUAUUCGCAAGGAAGAGUUCUACCGUGCAUGUGCAGUUCUCAAAGUGGUUCCACUUGAACAUAUCAAAGUUUUAGACCAUCCAAAUUUGCAGGAUGGAUUUGAUAAAAAAUGGGACCAUCAAUUGUUAGCAGGACUUAUUGAAGAUCAAAUCAAAAUGUGGGAUAUCGACUCAGUCAUUACAUUUGAUAACUUUGGGGUGUCUGGUCAUCCAAACCACCGUGAUGUUCAUCAUGGAAUAUGUAAGCUCCUACAUGGGAAUUCACAAAGAAAAAUUGAAGCCUGGGAACUUGUGAGUGUUAAUAUUUUUCGCAAAUAUAGUGGCCCGGUGGAUAUCUGGUUAUCAACGCUGUUGUCUUUAUCAUAUGACAAGCAACAUAUCUGUUGCUUGAGAAACAGCAAUCCGCGCAGAAGCUAUGACGCCAUGGCACAACAUGAAAGCCAAUGGGUCUGGUUCCGGAAGUUGUUCAUCUUGUUGUCAAGUUAUACAUACAUCAAUAUGCUUCGAAAAGUCAAAAUCUAGCAAUCAAAUCGGAAGUUGUUCAUUUAUCACGAGGGAAUCAUUUUCCUUUUUCAAUUCCUUCAUUUUGUAAAUACUGAAUAACAACUUACCAUGAUGUGCCCAUUUGCCACUGAGGCUAAUCGCAAGGGAGUCUUUAUUCACCACUUGCGGAGUGUGCAGGACAUGUGGUCUUUAUGUAGUUAAAUUACUCUAUUGGUUGUUUGGAGAUAGAUGUUGAGAUGUAGCUUAUGCGGUGCGAGGGAGAAAAUUGCAGGAUUCUAAUCUGAAUACUUCACAUUGUAACAGCCUUGCAGUGUUUCUCAUUUUGGUUUCGAUAUUUUCUUCACUUUGUAUUACUGAUGGGUUAAAUUUGCUACCAUAGUUUUGGUUGUAUUUUUUUUUUCA